CCUCUCUCUCUGUCGGAGCAGAACCGCCAUGGCUCCCAAGACUCUACCUCCCGGUUUCAGGUUUCACCCAACUGACGAAGAGCUCGUCGCUUACUAUCUCGAUAGGAAAAUAAGCGGUCGUACGAUCGAGCUCGAGAUUAUCCCAGAGGUCGAUCUCUACAAAUGCGAGCCUUGGGAUUACCCAGAUAAGUCGUUUCUUCCGAGCAAAGACAUGGAGUGGUACUUCUACAGCCCAAGGGACAAGAAAUACCCGAACGGGUCGAGAACCAACAGGGCGACACGCGGCGGAUACUGGAAAGCCACGGGGAAGGAUAGGACGGUGCAAACGUCGGGGUCUCAGAAGAGGGCGGUGGUUGGUAUGAAGAAAACUUUGGUUUACUACAGAGGUAGGGCUCCCCACGGCAUCAGAACUAAUUGGGUCAUGCACGAGUAUCGCUUACUCCACUCCGCUUCUCCCACUGCUCCUUCCAGUUUAAAGGACUCAUAUUCUUUAUGUCGCAUCUUCAAGAAAAACAUACAAAUUCCUAAAACAAAAGCAGAAGCAACUAUUGUGAAUAAUCAGUCGUUUGAUAAAGAAAUUUCAAGAGAGAGAGAAGCUGAACGUGAUGUUGAAGAUGAGAAUUUCAUUACUUCUUCCUCGGAUGUCACUCAAGGAACUCCCAAUGAAACCGGCAUUGUUGAUGAAUUCCAAGCUCCAUUCACAUCAGACGAAGCUAAUAGUUCAGUUGAUUUGAGUUUCCUCGACCCAAAUUUCUCCUCCGACCUAAAUCAGGAAAUGCAGAUUCCGGGUUACACAAAUCUUCAUUAUCAAGCUCCAUAUCCACCGUUGGAGCUCGAAGAUUUCCCGCAGAUAAAUAUCAUAUCAGAGACGAAGGCGUCCAAGGCUGAGAUAAUCGAUGAGUACAUGAUGCAUGACAAGUACAAGGACUACAUGAACGGAUCAUUAGAAGAUAUCUUCUCACUGUGUGCCUCCCAGGACAAUUCCAUUCCCCCUCUCUCAAUGCAUGAUUGA